AUGUCUGCAACAUCUCACAACAACCAAUCAGAAGAAUACGCCUUGUUAGGAGCCACACAAGGAAUCGGAAAACAACUUCUCAUGCUUCUUCUCGUCCGAGGAGUGAAAGUCCGUGUUUUGGCUCGAAAUCCUUCUUCCUUAUUGGAAUUGUCCUCUCAUCCUCUUCUCACCAUUAUCAAGGGAGAUGCUACCAAUGAACAAGAUGUUGAAACACUCAUUUGUUGCAAUUCCAACACAUCAUCCAAAUUAAAAGGUGUCUUUUGUGCAUUGGGAACUCGUGCCAACACUCCAACCACUGUUGUGGAGGAUGGAACAGUGAAUGCCAUUCAAGCCAUGAAAAAGUUAAAUGAUCCAAUACAUUUUGUAUUGAUCACUUCAGUGGCAUUGACAGACAGUAAGGAACAUCCAUGGUUCUAUAGGAAUGUGGUCAAAAAGUACUUGCUGAAUCACAUCUAUGAUGAUUUGAGAAAUGCUGAACACAAACUUGUUACAUUAUGUGAACAUUCACAUAUCACUUAUACCAUUGUGAGACCUCCACGAUUGGUGGACUCUUGUUUAACCCUCCAUUAUGGAUACGCAAAGGGAAAUGAUAUAUUGAAAGGUGGCAAAGGAGUGAUGUCGAGAGCAGAUGUUGCUGCAUUCAUGCUUCAAUGCAUGUUUGACAAGGAGAAUUCAUCUCUUCUUCGGACCAAUCAGGCAUUCAACAUGGACACGACAAAAGCAGUUCCUAAAGAGCAUGACACCGUUGGAUUAAUGACCUUCUUGAGUUGGACUUUACCUCGUCAUCAAUAUAUCAUGAUUCGAAUGGGAGUGCAUUCUGUUCAGGUUGGUGCUUUGGCUGUGUUAGCAUAUUAUUUAUUUCCAGGACAAACGCGUGGAUGGUGGAAGGCAAUCACAGAGAGUGUGUCAAGAUUUGUAGGAAGAGGUUCCUCUGGCCAUAGAGUUUAA